CCCGUCUGCUGGCAGCAACAUCCUGAACGUUCUGGUACACGGGCGUCGGAAACUAGAAAAAUGGUGUGGCUUACGGAUGCUCAAAAAAUCGGCGUUGCGCUGACCUCGUUCGGCGGGCUGUUUAUGCUUCUUGGUGUUAUCCUCUUCUUCGAUGGCAGCUUACUUGCGCUUGGGAAUAUCCUUUUCAUCUCUGGCAUUACCCUCAUUAUCGGACCGCAAAAGACGUUCUACUUCUUCGCGCGCAAGCAAAAGCUUCGCGGGACGAUAUGUUUCUUUGGCGGUGUACUGCUCGUGUUCUUUAAGUGGCCGUUUAUUGGUGUCAUAGUUGAGACGUUUGGGUUCCUGAAUCUGUUUGGAGACUUCUUCCCUGUAAUCCUCACGUUCCUCCGUCAACUUCCCUUCGUAGGGACGCUGUUAAGUAUGCCUUAUAUUCGCGACUUUGCUGACCGUUUGGCAGGUUCGCGACAGUCUAUUGUGUAAUAGAUGCCGGCUGUUCUAUACUAUUCAUGUGAUGAUAUACGAGUGAUAAUACGUAUUUCUU